AUGGCAUGGUGUGGGGGUGGCUGGGUGACCACAGGCUCCCUGCUGGGGUGGUCAGAGGGCUACUUGGGACUGUUCCUCCUUCCCCAGAGGAGGCAAGAGGAGCAGCGGCGGCGGAGGAGGACUCAGCAGCAAGAGAUGCUCCUGGCUGAGAGUCUGGGCAAGCACCCCCUGCAGAACAGGUGGGCACUGUGGUUCUUCAAGAAUGAUAAGAGCAAGAUGUGGCAGGCAAACCUGCGCCUCGUCACCAAGUUCAGCACUGUGGAGGACUUCUGGGCGCUGUACAGCCACAUCCAGCUCGCCAGCAAGCUCACAUCUGGCUGCGACUACUCCCUCUUCAAGGACGGCAUCGAGCCCAUGUGGGAGGACAGCCAGAACAAGCGUGGCGGGCGCUGGCUCAUCACCCUGGCCAAGCAGCAGCGGCACACCGAGCUGGACCGUUUCUGGCUGGAGACGCUGCUGUGCCUCAUUGGGGAGAUGUUUGAUGAGUACAGCGAUGAGGUAUGUGGGGCCGUCAUCAACAUCCGCGCCAAGGGGGACAAGAUUGCCAUCUGGACCCGCGAAGCAGAGAACCGGGAAGGGGUCACCCACAUUGGGCGCGUCUACAAGGAGCACCUGGGCCUGUCGCAGAAGGUGGCCAUUGGCUACCAGGCCCAUGCGGACACGGCCACCAAGAGCGGCUCCCUCACCAAGACCAAGUUUGUGGUGUGACUGUGGGAGGAGAGGGGCACUGCCUGUGGGGUCCUCCUGUCUUGUCCCACAAUGAAUGGCUGCAGCU